AUGAGAACCACCACUGCACUCAGCUGCGAAGAGCCUGAAGAGCCCGUUGGCUCCGCCGCCUUUUGGUGGAAGAUAUUCAUCAGUGCACUGCUAGUGCUCUCAGGAGGAGCGUUUGCUGGCUUAACUCUUGGUCUUAUGGGUCUCGACGAACUGCAUCUGCGUGUGCUGGCACAGUCUUCAGAGGACGAGAAAGAGAAGCUGCACGCCCGGAAGGUCUUGAAACUGCUUGGGAGAGGCCGUCACUGGGUUCUUGUUGUCCUGCUUCUGUCUAACGUCAUUGUGAACGAGACCCUUCCUAUAUUCUUGGAUAGCGCUAUUGGUGGUGGUAUUGCCGCUGUAGUGAUCUCAACUACAAUGAUCGUGAUCUUUGGUGAAAUCAUCCCGCAAGCUGUUUGCGCCCGUUAUGGCCUAUCUAUCGGCGCGGCAUGUGCGCCAGUAGUGCUGGCUAUGAUGUAUAUCUUUUCUCCCAUAGCCUGGCCUACGGCGAAGCUACUGGACUGGGUGCUUGGCGCCAGCGAAGCCCAUACGUACAAGAAGGCGGAGCUGAAGUCGUUCUUGCAAUUUCACCGUCAGGGUGAAGAACCGCUUCGGGACGACGAGAUCAGCAUUCUCAACGGUGUGCUGGAACUAAACACCAAAAGCCUGGAGUCCAUCAUGACUCCCAUCAGUGAUGUUGUCACCAUCUCUUCGGAUACUAUCAUCGACCAAGCGAAGAUAGAUCGUCUGUUGACGAGCGGAUACUCGCGCUUUCCUGUACAUGAACCCGGUCAACCACUCGCUUUCGUCGGGACGCUCCUGAUCAAGAAGCUAUUGCAAUACGAUCCAGCUUCGAAAUGGCCGGUCAAGAACUUCAAGCUCUCCAUCCUCCCCGAAGCCAAGCCGACCGUUAGCUGCUUUCAAGCGCUAGAUUACUUUCAAACCGGUCGUUCGCACAUGCUACUUGUCAGCUCUACUCCCGGCGUCGAAGGUGGAGGGCUUGGCGUGGUCACACUUGAAGAUAUUAUUGAGGAGAUUAUCUCCGAAGAAAUCGUCGACGAGACAGACCGUUAUGAGGACAACCAGAGCAAGAAGCGCGCGAAGCGUCUUACGAACUCGGCUAUCAUGCGCGGCAUCGUCGAACGUGAGCGCCGCCAGACGGUAGCGUCCUCCGUCCCGGAGACGAUUCCUUCCGGCGAACCAACACCGAGGAUCCCCGACCGCACCUUGGCCGGCGAGGCGACGCCUCUAUUAGUUGACACCAGUGUUCCCGAGCAACAGGCAAAACAAGGUGGCCCAGGGCAGAACGGCGCGCCCGGAAAUGGGACUACUUACGGUGCAGCGAACUUGAGCACAUCGCCGCCGGCGCAGUAG